AUGUCUACACUUCGGGAAUUGAAUUAUUUGCAGCGUCUGAGACUGGAACUGUGGCUGGAGUCCUAUGGCGUGGUGUUGAGUCAUCGCAUGCGCCACGAGUACAGUGACGUGCUGCCGGUGGCAAGACUAUUCAACGAGGUUCAUCCAGGACGAGUGGAUCUCCAUGGCUACACACCCAGCAGCAGUGUGCCGCUGAAAGCCAACAACUGGCGCAUCUUCAACGAGCGUGUGCUGGAGAAAAUGAACAUGGCCCUCACCACAAAGGAGCAGCAACAGUUGGCCAUUGGCGCGGAUGGGCUGCUCGAGGCACUGCUCCACAAACUGAUGCUGAGCGAUCUGAAGCCGCGACUCGAAGGCGGCGCCCAAAGCUACUAA